GCGGCGCAUCUGGAAGAGGGCUGGCCGGCUGGGGUGGUGGAGGACGGGGAGAGAAGAGGAAGGAGGCUCCGGGAGCAAGCGAGACAAAAAAAGGGUCAGGCCUGGGACUUGGGAAAACUGGGAGAGAAGAGAAGAAGGGUCAUCUCUAAAUUUCGCCAUUUUUUUUUGUUCCUUUUGAAGUUCAUUCUUACUGGAAACGUCCGCAAAUUCUACUGCUAUUUUACCUCCCAUAAGCCUUUAAGACUCAAUGAUGCCAUCCAACACUGUCACCAACACCAACUCCACCUCAUGCAAAGGCUCGGAUUUCGUGGAUUCACCUGGAAACCGAAUGGGUGAGAGCACAAUGCUAGGCAUGGACCUAAUGGAGGAGCAGAGGUUGGCUUUUAGUAGUGCCUCAUUUAAAGUUGGAAAGCCUGGAAGGAAGCGUAAGCAGUUUCCAGUAGGGAGCUGCGGUUCUAUCACAGAUUGUGGAAGUGUUGGCAACAGUUACCCCGGGCUGUGUCGGCCGUCUAUAUCACAAGUCCAUAAUGGAGACAUGGAUGGACAUGGAGAUAAGAUGCCUGAAGCCUGCUUCCCCAAACAGGAGAAGCGGGAAGUGGAGAAUGGAAUUCCCAGAUGCAUGUCCUCCUACCAGGAGGAGGACAGCUCCCAGGGUCAGAGCCCGAGUCCCUCCCACGAGAACGGCUUCCCGUCCAGCCAGGAGAAGCGGGACUUGGAGAAAGACAAGGACGACAGCCUGAUGAUGCCACGCAAGAAGAGAGGGAGGCGGAAACUCGAGCGACCAACGAAGUAUGUGGAGCACAAGGAAGACGACGGGUGCGACACAAUCAAGACCGAGGGAGGUCGAGGCAGGCUACGAGGGGGAGUUGGUUGGGAGAUCAGCCUUCGACAGAGGCCAAUGCCCAGAAUAACCUUCCAGGCUGGUGACCCUUAUUACAUUAACAAGCGGACCAGGGAGGAGUUGAUGGCCAAGUGGAAGAUGGAGGCAGAGAAAAAAGCCAAACUAAUGUCAGAGAUCAACAUAAUGAAGGACCUGGAGAAGAACGAGACAGAGACCCAGAAAGAGGAGGUCUCAAUAAUCAAACACCCACAGCCUUCAAAGCAACAACCUCAGCCUCAGCCACACAGUCAGCCUCUGUCUCAGCCUCAGUAUCAACAGCAAUCACAGCCGUCUCUGCCGCAGCAACAUAAGCAGCCACCUCAGCAGCAGCAGCUACAGCAGCAACCUACUGACCCAGCUUCCCCCACUGUGGCAACCACCCCGGAGCCUGUCACCAUCGGAGAAGAGGGAAAAACUUCCCCAAAGGCUGCAGACACUGAGCCUGAGUAUGAGGACGGCCGUGGUUUUGGCAUCGGCGAGCUGGUUUGGGGGAAGCUGCGAGGAUUUUCCUGGUGGCCAGGCCGCAUCGUAUCCUGGUGGAUGACGGGCCGGAGCAGAGCUGCCGAGGGAACCAGAUGGGUCAUGUGGUUUGGAGACGGAAAAUUCUCAGUGGUCUGUGUAGAAAAGCUUCUGCCUUUAAGUUCAUUUAAUAAUGCCUUUCACCAACCAACGUAUAACAAACAGCCCAUGUACAAGAAAGCCAUCUACGAAGUGUUACAGGUGGCUAGUAGCCGGGCAGGAAAAGCCUUCAUAGCCUGCCCUGACAACGAUGACAGUGAAACCUCCAAAUCAGUGGACAUGUUAAACAAGCAGAUGAUUGACUGGGCAGCGACAGGGUUUCAGCCCACUGGACCUAAGGGCUUAGAGCCACCAGAGGAGGAGCGUAACUCCGAGGUUUACCCUGAGAUGUGGGUGGAGCCCGAAGCUGCAGCAUACCAACCGCCCCCAGCCAAAAAGCCUCGCAAAAGCACAGCUGAGAAACCGAAAGUCAAGGACAUCAUUGAUGAGAGGACGCGGGAGCGGCUUGUUUAUGAAGUGAGACAAAAGUGCCGCAGCUUAGAGGACAUCUGUAUCUCUUGUGGAAGUCUGAAUGUGAGCCUUGAGCACCCUCUGUUUGCUGGAGGAAUGUGCCAGAGCUGCAAGAACUGCUUCCUGGAAUGUGCAUAUCAAUACGAUGAUGAUGGUUAUCAGUCGUACUGUACUAUUUGCUGUGGUGGACGCGAGGUGCUCAUGUGUGGAAACAACAACUGUUGCCGGUGCUUCUGUGUGGAGUGUGUAGACCUCCUCGUCGGUCAAGGAGCCGCCCACGCUGCCAUCAAAGAGGACCCGUGGAACUGCUACAUGUGCUGCCAGAAGGGCGGCUUCGGCCUGCUGGAGCGCCGCGCGGACUGGCCCAGCCGUCUGCAGCACUUCUUUGCAAACAAUCACGAGCAAGACUUUGAUCCACCAAAGCUUUACCCUCCAGUCCUGGUGGAGAAGCGGAAGCCCAUUCGUGUUCUGUCGCUUUUUGAUGGCAUAGCUACAGGGCUGCUGGUGUUAAAAGAACUUGGCAUCCAAGUGGAUCGCUACGUAGCGUCCGAGGUGUGUGAAGACUCGAUCACGGUGGGGAUCGUCCGACAUCAGGGGCGGAUCAUGUAUGUUGGAGAUGUGAGGAAUGUCACUCGCAAACAUAUUCAGGAGUGGGGUCCGUUUGACCUCGUCAUUGGUGGAAGUCCCUGCAAUGACCUCUCAAUAGUCAAUCCUGCUAGGAAGGGCCUUUAUGAAGGCACCGGUCGCCUUUUCUUUGAGUUCUACCGGCUGCUGCACGAGGCUCGGCCAAAGGAAGGAGACAACAGACCUUUCUUCUGGCUCUUUGAAAACGUGGUCGCAAUGGGUGUCAGCGACAAGAGGGACAUUUCUCGCUUUUUAGAGUGUAAUCCAGUUAUGAUUGAUGCCAAGGAGGUGUCUGCUGCCCACCGCGCCCGUUACUUUUGGGGUAACCUCCCUGGCAUGAACAGACCUCUGUCCGCCAUGUGCGCUGACAGGUUGGACCUCCAGGACUGUUUGGAACACGGCAGAACAGCAAAGUUUGGGAAGGUGAGGACCAUCACCACGAGGUCUAACUCCAUCAAGCAAGGAAAGGACCAGCAUUUCCCUGUCUUUAUGAACGAAAAGGAAGAUAUUCUCUGGUGCACUGAGAUGGAAAGGGUAUUUGGCUUCCCAGUCCACUAUACAGACGUUUCCAACAUGAGCCGACUGGCGAGGCAGAGGCUCCUGGGCCGAUCAUGGAGUGUCCCUGUUAUACGCCAUCUGUUUGCACCACUUAAAGAUUACUUUGCCUGUGUUUGAGAAGCAGGAGACGUUGCCUUUUAGGCCAUUUAGGAACCAGAAAUUAGAACCAUAAUCCACAAAUUAUACUCUUGUAUAAUUUGCAAGCAAAACAUUGACAUGGAUUUCACAUUAUCUCCUGUAUUUGAAUUGUAAUUCUUAUUCUAUUUAAGUUUUUGUCAUUUUUACCUUUUAGCAGUGUUAUUGAGUAUUGUUUAUUUGUUUGUGCAAGCUAUACUUAUAUGAGGAGAAUUAUGUUCGUUUUUUAAUACGAUUAAUCAAAAUCAAUGAAAACAAGACAUUUAAAUGCAAAACUACACAAAAUAUUAAAUAUUAUCGUUUUGCAAAGAAAAAAAUUUUGAAAUUAAAUUAUGCUUCUAAAGUUUUGCUUGCAAAUUUGAAAGGUUUGAUUUCGAAGGCGUAUAUAUUUGAGUCUUAUGGCUCACCACCCAGGGUGGCAUACGUUCAGGGGGCGACACAAACGUUGGGGGGGGGGGGAAUCCAGUAAUUGUGCCUGAAUGGGUUUCUAGUGUUUUUUGUGAAUUCUGAUUAAUGUGUACUGUAUGAAAAUCUUUAUAUAUUAUAAAGAUUUUUUUUAUAGGGUGUAGGUAAUGAGGCUAAGGUUAUCUGGUUUCUUUGAAAUGUUACAUUUAAAGUCUUUUAUUUUAUAGCGUUCGAUUUUUAAAUAUUGCAAAUCUGAAGUGGACUGUUCUACACUGAACAGCGAUUCUUUAAAACAGCUUUAGCUUUAUUAAACCUUUAUUCUAUUUCAGAAAAACAAAAGGAGCAUUUCUUUAGUUUAUUUUCACAUCAGGAAAACCUUAUAUUGAGAUCAUUGUGAAGAACCUGAACUAAAAAACAGACUUUUUUUAACACAGUUUUGAUUUGUGAAAACAAAAAAUCAUGAGGAUUUUUAUUUAAUAUAGUUAAAAUCUUUUUGCAUCCAGGAUGACAUCCAUGCAAGAACCGAUUCUGGUUGGAGUUUCCAAAAUGGUCUCUUCAGGCAACAUUAACCAAUAGAGAAAGAUUUUAUAUCCCUCAUUCUGGAAGUUCAUGUCUGCACAACUUGCAAAAAAAAUGGUUUAAAGCUAAGUAGUUUCAACCAAAUCUGGUGGAGGCGUGACCAAAUACUCCUAGGCACAUAUGAAACUUUUAGCUUUGCAAGCAAAACUAUAAAUGCAAAUUUAAGCUUGUGUUAUUUUUGCCAAAAAAAAAAAAAAAAAUCUUUUUUGUUUGUAUCAAAAAAGAACAAAAUUCACUUCAUAUCCUUGAGACUACGCUUUUUUCUCGAGACACUGAGACACACAAGUGCCGAAAGCAUUUUAUUAAAGAGACGGAAAUCGUAUGGGAAGCGUCGUCUUGGGUGAGUGAAAUGUGUCAGGCUGCAGCGUAGUGACCUGCAGGUGCAGCCGUGCUUCCAGCUACUGAGCCUCACGGAGAUGUGAAAAGGGAUUUUCUUCAGUGUCUGGAGGGCCGUGUCUCUGAAAAUCCAAAACCCCAGAUCACAUAUACCUCUUUGUUUACAGUUUCUAUACACAGCUGAAGGUAAUAAAGGUACUACUGUAAUAUGGUUACAAUACCAUGGUGCUCCAAAAUGACAAACAUCAUAGCCCAUGUGGCACUACAACCUUUGACAAUACAGAGCUCUUUAACCUGUUGCUGGAAAGAUUUCUGCUGAAUGUUUUUACAUUUAAUUAAAUUCUGGGAAACAGACUUUAAACUGCAACACAGAGCCUGUCCUCUUUUACAGCUGAUGUAUCUACUGGUGCUCAUUUGAUCUCUCAGCUUUUCUGCACUCAGGCCCACAGCCUGCAUCUGCACAAACAGGGUGUGAAGCUAGCCACAUGGGAAUGAUGUUUUCUGUCAUAAAAAAAUAAACAAAACAAACAAAAAAAAAAACCUUUUAAAGAUCGAAGUCUCCGGUGAGCUACUUUUUUCCUAGUGUCACGCCGACUAACGAUAUUACUGUACAACUAUUAGUAAGCGUUGUUGCUGGAGGCUCGGUAACCGUCCUCCUCAACGUCUGCCUCUCUGAACUGAAAAACUGUCAGGUGCAAAUACUCAACAACAUGGUGCGGCUUCACAAGGUUCUUCUACCUUUUUAUAGCAAUUUUGUGCUGUUUUAUCAACAUUAUAAAGCACUUUUAUAUGUAUACUUUCUUGUUUUCUUGAUUGUUUUUGUUAUUAUUAAAUGAUGGUUCUUGUGAAAUGUUUUUUUGUUUUAGUUUUAUGAUGUGAACUGAUCUACCCUUGUGUAAUACUUUUUGUAUACAGUAGGGCUGUGCCAUAGAAGUACAAGUAUGGCUUUUGAUAUGUGAAACUCUUGUUAUUGGACUGUGUACAGUCGGUGGAUUGAUGUUUGUUGAUCUUUCCUUUUACUCCAUCAUCCACACUGUACUCUAUUUUAAAGCAGCAGCUCAACCUCACCACUAGGCAUGGGUCGGUAUGAGAUUCUCACAGCAUGAUAACUUUCAGAGAAAAUAAGACAGUUUCAUGGUAUAUGUACAAAAAGCUAAACUAAAGAUCAAUAACAUAAUCUAAUUGCUUUUAUUAGAAGACAAAAGCAAUCAUUUUUCCUGCUGCUGCUAAAGUAACCUAUUGAUUAUUGAGGUUAUAUAACGUUAUCCAUAACAUUUAUUGUCUUUAGACUUAAUCAAAAAUAGAGCAUAAACACCAGAUAAAUUCACUUGUAGUUUACUGUUUUGCUUCUUUUUAGGCUAACAGUAUAUAAAAAGCAAAUUUUAUCUUGGGAAUUAGUCUGACGUUUUGCUCUAUUAGAGCACACUCGUAGUUACUAACUCUAGUUUUAAAUCGGUAUUGCCCUAAUAAGAGUGAUAGGUGGUGCUCCUUUAAUUUCCACAACACAACUGUCUGAGCUGUUUUGACUGGAAAUAUUUCGCCAAAGCUAAGUUUAUCUUUCGUAUAGGUGAGGGAAAGGUGUCAUCGCCUUCUUUUAGCCAGCUGACCGAGCAGUGCUCAGCAGGUGGACGGGCAGGAAGCGCUGUUCGGCUAGAAAAAGAAACUCCGGCGACUCUGGAAUCUCGUUAAAGAGGAUUUAAACCAUAGGAACGAUAUGAUGGAAUAUUUUAUCAGGUUUAAAAUCAUAACUUUUAAGAAACUUACCUUUAUGGUGGCGAGAGGCUCAUGCCUAGUUACCGCCCAAAAUCAACAAAUGUAAAAACGUCUGGCAGAGUUUAAGACCUAUGUCGUCUGCUUUGUGUUCAUAUUUUGUCUCUUGUGAAUGACAGCCGGGCCUCUGGUGUCCCUGAUAAAUGUUAAAGUGUGGAUCACCAAUAAAAGGAAAGCUAUUCCUCUUGAUUUUAAACUGAAAGCUAAAAUCAGGAGGACUGAUGCUGUGGUUUGUCAAAACAAAAAACUGACGUAGUGUUUGACAAGGAUUUCAGCACUCAAAACAUUUAAAAGGCCUAAUGAAAGCAGAUGUCAUUACUUAUCUAUAUCGUAUUUAAAAUUGAAAUUUUAAAAUUUUAUUUCCCUAUGUAAUUACUUUUUUAAGUGACCUUACCACCAUCGUUUUUGUCCUUGCAGACAUAUUUUCCCUGUGCUGAAAAAAGUAACACCCCUUCAUCUUUGUACAGUUUUUACAUUUUGUAAAUAGAAAUUUUCAGUCACUGUUUUUAAUUCGUCCUUGUUUUUUGUUUUGUUUGUUUUUUCACAUAAGAUGUACAAAUAUAAUUCUUCGAUAAUAUAUAUCGACAAAAAUUCUUAGAUAAAAGUAAAAAAAAAAAUCAAGUGAAAAAUCUGAUUCAGAACUCGCUUUAAACAUUAUGCGUUACAUCCCGAUCUGUCUGUCAAGUGAAUCCAGAUUCGGUGUCUUGUGAUGUUAGCAUUGGCUGAGGACUGCGUUACCGCACAGCCCUACCUGGUGGUGUUUUUUUUUUGUUUUAGUUUCUAUUUUAAAGUUUUGCUUUUUGCUUCUGUAAAAGAGGGAUUGUAGUUGUUUCCAAUGGUGCUAAACAGUUUAUCAUAUCCAGAAACAUGUUUGAUUGGGAGAUAAAUGAAAAUGACAAUGACUGUUUUUGAGUCUCUGUAGUGAUGAAAAAGACCUGUUAUUUCACUCAUACAAAUAUAUUAACAAAGGCAUUUUAACUUUGUACUUGAAAAAAUUAAGGAUAACAGUAAAGAAAGGUUUCCUAUAUUGUUUUAGACUAUAGAUUGCUAGAUUGCUGUAGUUGGUGCUUUAGCUGUGGGAAAAUUGUGUGAGAAAAAAACAGUAAUAAUUUUUACUUUAGCAUACUGUAUGCUUUACGCGCAUUGCUUCUUAACCCUACAUUCCAUGCUGUAAUAUUCAUGUCUAUUAUCAUGCUGUUGAUUUAACCUGAUUCCUUUUUUUAUAUCAGCAACCAGUUUUUUGUUUUGUUUUUUACUCUUCAAGGCAGGUCAAUAUUGUGUGAUACUGUUGACGCUCUCUGUGAUUUCUUUCUGUCAUGACUGUUUAUGGCCUAUAUACGCUUUUUUAUCCUCAAGAUCAGUUCGUACAGCAAAUGUAGCAGCCAUUCUCCGCAUUGACUACCCCAUACUUAUGUUUAGUGUCCAGAGAGAAGAUAAAGGCUCUGUAUGUACUUGUGCUGGAGAACACUUGAAUAAAUGUCUUGUUUUUGUGCAAAAAAAA